UAGCUGCGUAACAUUUUUCUCCUAGGACCGCUAUGUAGGUUUAAUCUGUCACUAAAGAUUUGGACUAAAAAAUAACUGUUUUCGUCAAGACAGUAUGUACUCGAGUUAAGGAAAUGUUAUUUUUAUUUUUUUGUUACUAGGCCUAUGCAACGCAUGCAUUUCUAAUGUAGUGAGUAUGAAGAGUGGGGUUGUGUGCGUGAGUUAUGCCUGUGUAGGUGCCGUCUGUAGUCAUUUCCUAGUUCAGGCCCGACCCGCUUGCAACACAAUGUGAGCGGGUCCUAACAUUACGCGGGAAUUUUAAAAAUAGAACUUUAAUUUUUUAAAUCGAAACCGGGAGUGGCCAGUGACAUGUGCAAAAUAACCAGUUAUUUUUGGUUAAGUGAAAAAUAACGAGUGUUAUAACAGUGAUUUUGGAUUGUUCGGUAAAGAUUCAGUAUUUUUUAAGGAUAACAUAGUAUACGGGAACAAGUGUGAACAAUAAAAAACAGUGCCUUAUAUGUUUUGAAGGGAAAGUGAUUUUAAAAACUUCACCACGGAGACAAAAUGCCAAAAAACUUGUUGCUUUUCAAGAAGUUAAUACCUGAAAUAAACUUUGCAAAAAGAAACUUGACCGUUUUUAGCCGGAACAUUAUAUAUAUCAGUUAACUGGUGCUUAACAUACAACCAAGUUGAACAAUCGUGCCAUAAUCAUAUGGUAUAAAAGUUGCCUUAACGACAAAGUCGAAAACCAUCAAUAAAAGAAACACCAAACACAGUGAUAGUAGAAUAAUGCGAAUUCGAUUCGCACAGUGGUCGAAGAUAACCUAAACCCUAGACAAAAAAGUUUUUUUGAAAAUGAAUAAUAAUCAGUUCCACGAGCUUUUUGGAUCGCAAUGGCCGCCUGAUCAGCAUGGUGGCCAUUCGUCAGCAACAACGAUGCUGCAUCCUACAUCCUUGCCACAGGGGAUGCAACUGAAACGAGAACCCCAUACGGAAGUGAUGCAUAACCAGAUGGGUAUGGGGAUGCAGGAUAUCUCAGGGUCUGUGGCUGACAGCACCUCCCCCCCGCCGGGGGGCAGCGAUGGGAUGUUCGGAUCUUCAAUGAACACCAUGUUUAUGGAUAAGAAAGCUGCUAAUUCUAUACGAGCCCAAAUCGAAAUCAUCCCCUGUAAGGUCUGCGGGGACAAGUCAUCAGGAGUCCACUACGGAGUCAUCACCUGCGAGGGCUGCAAAGGCUUCUUCAGGCGGUCCCAGAGCACAGUGGUGAACUACCAAUGCCCUCGCAACAAGGCCUGCGUGGUGGACCGCGUGAACCGCAACCGUUGCCAGUACUGCCGGCUGCAGAAGUGCCUCAAGCUAGGGAUGAGUCGUGAUGCGGUCAAAUUCGGUCGUAUGUCAAAGAAACAGCGUGAGAAAGUGGAAGACGAGGUCAGAUACCACCGAGCCCAGAUGCGGGCCCAGACAGACGCGGCACCAGACUCGGUGUACGACGCACAGCAACAGACCCCGAGCUCCAGCGAUCAGUUCCAUGGACAUUACAAUGGUUACACCGGCUACCCCUCCCCCAUCUCCUCGUACGGCUACAACAGCACCCCCCAGCUGACGUCAGGCAUGAUCCAGCAGCCGGCGCAAGCGCAGACGUACGAUGGCGUGCCGGCCGACACGUACGUGGACAGCACGACGUACGAGCCCAAGCAGGGCGGGUUCUUGGACACAGACUUUAUUGGCCAUGACGAAAAAGGAACCACGGUCGUCCGGCCCUCAGGAUCCACAUCCACAUCCACGGCAACCACGUCCACGACAUCCAUGCGACAGACGACCGUAAAUGAGAUACCGCGGAGACUACAGGACUUCGACAGAUACGAGCCGGACAGGAUCCAAUCCCCCGCCUCUAUAUCUAGCGGUGUUAUUAAUAUAAAACAGGAGAUAAAACCAGAGACUUCAUUAGGAGUUGAUAAUCUGGUUGCCAGCUAUGUGGAUUCUACAACAUUCUUGCACAGUCCAUCGAAUUUACAACACAGUCCAAUGGAUAUUCAAAAUUCUGUGCUAGUUAGCGGACAAAGCUCUGUGUCUUUAACUAGUGAGGAGCUAAGUCCGGAUGAUCUGACAUCUAGCAGCGGACAUGGAAGGUUGAUGGAUCCGUUGAACUUGAAUAUGAGUGGGAUGGGAAUGGUGAACCCGAACGCGGUGACGAACAGACGACAUCAGGGCUCAAGCCAUUCGAGCGACGAUCUUCCUUCGGAAGGCGAUAUCAGCAAGGUUCUAGUGAAGAGUCUGGCGGAGGCCCACGCCAACACCAACCCCAAGCUGGAGUUUAUUCACGAAAUGUUCCGGAAACCCAUCGAUGUCUCUAAGCAACUGUGCUACAGCUCAAUGACGUACGAGGAGAUGUGGCUAGACUGCGCAGACAAGCUGACGGGCAUGAUUCAGAACAUAAUUGAGUUCGCGAAACUCAUUCCCGGCUUCAUGAAGCUAACGCAGGACGAUCAGAUCCUGCUGCUUAAGUCUGGCUCAUUUGAACUGGCGAUCGUCCGUCUCUCUCGACUGAUCGACGUGAACAGAGACAACGUGCUUUACGGGGACGUCGUGUUGCCUAUCAGAGAUUGUGUACACGCGCGCGACCCCCGUGACAUGGCGCUGGUGGUGGGCAUCUUCGACGCCGCCAAGACCAUCGCCCGCCUGAAGCUAACUGAGACUGAACUAGCGCUCUACCAGAGCCUGGUGCUGCUGUGGCCAGAGCGUCACGGCGUCCGCGGCAACCCGGAGAUCCAGUGCUUAUUCAACAUGUCGAUGGCUGCCAUGCGGCACGAGAUCGAGACCAACCACGCGCCUCUGAAGGGCGACGUCACAGUACUCGACACACUUCUGGCGAAGAUACCUACUUUUAGAGAACUGUCCCUGAUGCACCUGGAAGCUCUGUGCCGCUUCAAGGCCGCGCACCCCCACCACGUGUUCCCCGCGCUCUACAAGGAGCUCUUCUCUCUCGACAGCGUGCUCGACUACCACGUCUAAACGGGUACACACCGUAUAACCGUGUACCUCUUCGUGUAAUCGUGUGCACACCGUAGAAAAAGCAACGGGUACACAUUGUAUAAACGGGUACACGAUGUUUAAUCGUGUACCCCUUCGUGUAAUCCUGUACGCGUCGUGUGCAUGCAGUAGAAAUAGCAACGGGUACACAUUAAAACGGAUAUACGUACAAUCGUGUGUAAGAUUAAAACGUGUAUGCCUAGGUGAAUAUGUGCACGUCGGAAGUGUACGCGGUACAAAACGGGUACGUUUCGUAUAAUGUACACGGAUGGGACGUGUACGUAGAUGUGGAUCUCUGCCCAUUGCCCUGCGACGACGUCUUUCUGUCAAAAGACAGCUAUAGGCCCCGCUUGACUAAAGAUACCUAAACGUUAUUUGUUAACCUAUUUAUAAUUGUAUGUAUGUACUUUGAGACUGUUAUAAUGAUAUUUACGUAUAGGUACGUACGUACAAUAUUAAUAUUUAAAUGUUUAUUUAAUUCUCAAAUUUAAUCUAGGGACAUGUAGGUAUCUUUAGUUUCGCCUUAAACCGGAACUUGUAUUUUUUAUUUGUUAUGUUUAUGUUAUACAUAGCAAAUUAUAAUGUAGAUACGAACACUGGUUUCGUUGCCUGUAUAAAAGUACAUAAUAAUACAUUCCAUUAUAUGUUUUAUUGUGUAUUUUGUAUUAUGGCGUGUCGUAAUAUAAUUAUCAUAAAGUGUAUCUAACUUGGAUGAAGAAAUAAUAAUUAUUAUUAUAAAAAUAUAAUAAUAGUAAUAGAGUUUUUAUUAAGAAAUAAAUAAAAAAGUUAUAACGGUGUAGCAAGAUGUAGAUCACACAACAGUUUUUUUAAUGAAACCCUUAUGAGUAGGUCUUUUAUAAUUAUUUUAACAGUUUUUUUUAAAGAGAAUUGUAACUUGUUAUUUAUUUCAAAUGAUUAUUAUUAUUGAUGUUUUGUCUUCUAUGUAGAUUGUCGGUUAUUUUGUAAAAUAGGAAUACACGAUACUGCCCCUUUUUAUAAGUUUACGUUCGCUUAUUGACUUUCUUGUACCUAAUGUACCUUUAAAAGGACAUGGCCAAAAAUAUAAAUAAUAAACGACUGAAACGUUAAAACAAAUCAUUUAUCGAAAUGAAUAAGCGAAAAUGGAAAUAGAAUCACAUUUUGAGUAUUAUUGAACAUAUAAUUAUUGAUAUUUUUGGCCAUGUCUAAAAACACGAGGUAUGAUAAGCCGUUGUAAUAAUUCAAGAAUAAUAAUGUAAUUUAAAAUAAUAAUAAGUUUGGAUUGUAACGUAUUAUUACGCGGUACAUUGAACAAAAUUACAGUCGAACAUUUUUUAAUAAUAAAACAAAAUUUGUACGGACAACAUUAAAUUUCGUAUAUUAGCAGGCAAUUUAUUUUCGUAGAAUAAAUUUGAUCUCAUUUUUUUGCACUUUUCUUCACCUUGGUGCCAUGUCUGAUUUGAUUGACUGCAUAAUAAUUAAAUAUAAUAAUUGCAUUAAUAAUUAGUACAAUCGCAUGUCAAAAGUACAUUUUUAAUACGUAAUUUUUUUUAUAUUAUUUUCGAUGUUUUUUUUUUUGACCGCAGUACGUAUUUAUACAAUUGCCUGCUAAAUCAAUUAGAUGUAUGAAUAAUCAUCAAUUUUCUAACACUUACGCUAAGUUUUGUCGAAUAGCCUUUACUAUAGACUGGUUUAUAUUAAUGUUAAAAAAGUAUAAAUCUUAACUCGUAUUUUGUAAAUAGCUAUUAAUCGUAUAUUAUGUAUUUUAUAUUCAAUAUUAUAAGGUUCGAUGGGUUAUUUUUAAUUUUACAUUCUAUUUAAAAAAACAAUUGUUCCACUAAGACAAGAGUCUUCAAGAUCACGUGAAAUACAUUGUUUUUCCUUUCUAUAUAUUAUAUAUUUUUUGUUAAAUAAAGCAAUCUGUUAUUGUCUAUAUUUUUUUUUGUUUUAUUUUACUUUGCGUUCCUUGUUUGACAUAUAUCACGCAUAUACUUUUCUCCGAUUAAGUUAUAUUAAGGUUAAUCGUAAAUAAAUAGUGAGAACAUAAUAUAAUAAUAAAAUAUACGGGUGGUUCAAAGUUUUAUUUUAUAAUACAUAUAUAAUUAGUGGAUAUAUAUUUUUUAUUUCAAUUAUAAUGGUACUUCAAACAAUAAUAUCACUGUUGAGGCUUCGCAUUAAAUAAGAUAUAUUUCCAUAUUUCAAAUACGUCAUUUUCAUGAUAAUACACAAUUAAUUUAGGCGAGUAAACUAGGCGCACAUAGUAUGUUUGUGUCAUGUUUUAGCUUUGAAGUUAGAACAAUAAUUUUUAAUGUCGAUUAAUAAUAAAAAAUAACGUUUUUAGAACACUAAGACUGAAAAAAUUGGCUGAAAUUUCGCGCAUGCCUAAACACGAAAUCCGAAUCAUGUCAUAUGAAAAUAUGAGUUUGGUAAAAAAAUAUAAAAAGUACAAAAAAAUGUACUUUAGUUUUUAAGCGUUUUACGCUGGGCCGUUCCUUUUCGUCUGUUUAUUUGCAAAUAUUGCCUAAAAUUAUGUUGCAACCGACAAAAUACUAAGUUAUAUUGACGAAAAUCAUUCAUAUUUUGUAUUUUAAAGAUAUUUUUCUUUUUCAUUUUUGCAAUUUGUUUUUUUUUGUAAUUUGCUAAAAUAUUUCGGAGAUUCUCAUUUAUAAUCAUUUUAAAUUUCGUCAGAAUCAGUCGGUUGUAUUUUUUUUGGUAAAAAUAUAUAUGUAUUUAUGAAGCUCUGUUUAACAAGGCGAUAUUAAAACAUCGUGUUUUUUUUUUCACUUGACGGAAAUGGAAUAAAAGGCCAAAAUGAAAAGAAUGUACUUUGAAGUGGUUCUCUCAUUUUCUUGAUCCCGAAUUAACUUUUCCUAAACGUCCUCUUUCGUGUCCAUUCCUGAUUUUUACACUUUGCGAUUGGUGCAACUUGAAGCGAGGAUAACUUCUCUCUUUCGCACAUAUAGAGGGAUGUUAGUGCGAUAGUGAUAGAUAUAGGGUAAACGUUUUAAUUGCUGGGUAGUUUUUAGUAGAUAUUUCUAAAACUUUUGUACUAUGUUUUGCUAAAUUUUCACUAAAACUAUAUAUAGAUUUGGACACAUGGAUAGUUUUAGCGUAUUGGCAAAAAAUGAGUGGUAAAGGGAAAAUCUGAUGGUUGAGUGUGUGUAUCAAUUAGUUUUUUAAGUUUUGGUGUCGAUUUUUUUUAAAGAGAUUUUCUAUUUUAUACUUAAAGGUACCUUCGGCGAAACGGGUAUCGCGGUAAUGACGUUUUGUACCUUAUUUUCUAAAAGAUGAUUUAUAUUAUCAAAAUAUUGAUUUGUUAACGGAGUAUUAAGUAUUUUUACACAUUACCUGAACAUAUUAAAGAGAAACAAAUAUAAAAACAUAUAUCUAUGUAAAAAUCAGAAUAUAUAAAAAACAUAUUUUGCAUGUUUAAAUUGACAGAAAAUUGAUUUGGACAUAAUUUCUUGUGAGGUUUGGCAGUAAAAUGUCAGUUUUUUGUCAGUUUGGACUGAAGCUUUGUUGAUUUAUAACUCAAUACAAACAAUUGUACCUAAAAAGUAGAAAAAUGGAGUUUGAGAACCAAUAGUGAAUAAAUGUUAAAUUGUUUUUAUUAUUCUCGAAUCACUUGCAA